GGAUGGAUAAUUGUUUAUUAGAGAAAGGAUGAACAGCUUUUAUUGUUUUACGGACGGGCGAACUCAAAAGAGUUCGGGCAUAUGUUCGCACUUCCAUUUCAAUCGCCAAGCCAAGUAGAGUUUAGAGCGAGACAGAUUCAUAUAAUCAACUGAUCAAGAUUACAGACAUUUUUCCCUUCGCCGGAAACCCUAUCCCUGAAACUUCAAGAUUGCCAUGAUUCUAAUUUUUCAAGUCAAUUAUUUGAUUCUAGAUACGUCAUACUUAUUCACAUAUACCUAUCAAUAUAUACACACGGAUCAUAUACGCUCGUAAACACCGACAUAGAUUUAGGUUUGGGGAUCUAAUUUCAGAAAAUGGUUGUUGAAAAUGGGGGACAAGAGAAGAUCCCCCAGUCGGAACUCAAUUUGAAUGAAAAGGCCAUGUUGCUAACUCCCUACGAUUGGCUAGCCAACUUUCACAGGGAUCUGAUUGCUGGGGCAGUGAUGGCGGGCAUGGUCCACACGGUCGUUGCCCCAAUAGAGAGGGCGAAACUUCUUCUUCAGACACAAGAGAGUAACGCCGCCAUCAUCCGCGCGCCUCACCGCCGCUUCAAGGGAAUGGUCGAUUGUCUCGUCCGUACCGUCCGAGAGGAAGGCAUUCUCUCCCUUUGGAGGGGUAAUGGCAGCAGCGUCCUACGCUAUUACCCUUCUGUUGCCCUUAAUUUCUCCCUCAAGGAUCUUUACCGAAGCAUAUUGCGCAGUGGCAGCUCUAAACAGAACAGCAGCUUUCUAUCUGGGUCAGCCGCUAAUUUCAUUGCUGGGUCUGCAGCAGGAUGUACGACAUUGAUCAUAAUCUAUCCUCUUGAUAUCGCCCAUACCCGAUUAGCUGCUGACCUCGGAAACACUGAAGCACGUCAGUUUAGAGGCAUAUACCAUUUCCUCAGUACAAUACACAAGAAAGAUGGUAUACGGGGCAUCUACAGAGGCCUUCCAGCUUCUCUUCAAGGAAUGGUGGUUCAUCGUGGUCUAUACUUUGGUGGGUUUGAUACGAUUAAAGAGAGGAUGUCAGAAGAAUCAAAAGAGGAGCUUGGGCUGUGGAAGCGUUGGGUGGCGGCUCAGGUGGUGACUACUUCGGCUGGUUUGAUAUCAUAUCCAUUGGAUACAGUUAGGAGGAGAAUGAUGAUGCAGUCUGGAUUGGAACAGCCAAUGUAUAGAAGUACGUUGGAUUGUUGGAAGAAGAUAUAUAUGAGGGAGGGAGUCGUCUCUUUUUAUCGUGGGACUCUUUCGAAUGUGUUUAGGAGUACUGGGGCUGCUGCUAUUUUGGUCAUGUAUGAUGAGGUGAGGAAGUUUAUGAACUGGGGAAGAUUGUAGUGUUAUUAGAUUUUGAUCCAUAUUGGAUCAUUUGUCUUUUGUUUUGUUUUGUGGAUUUGAACAAAUAGUUGAUGGAUUAUGUAUAGAUAAUAGAAGAAGAAUGAUGUAGAUAGUAGUGAAAUGUCUUGAACAGUUCAAAAGAUUUUUGACAGUAUGUGGGAUCUCUAUCAAAUUGAUGUUGGAGACGAGACAAGUUCAUAAACCACUACUACUAUUUUUGAGACUUCUUCUAUCUUUUA